AUGGAGAUGAAUCAUGAUGAGAAUACGAUCCAUCAGAUCGAGCAGCAGCUCAAUACCAAGAUCUAUCCCGGAACGGAGAUCAUGGCAGAUGUGGGCUCCGUCCACUUUGUCAAAUCCUCCGACCGAGUGCUGGUGCCACAGCCCUCCCAAAACCCUCAUGAUCCUUUGAAUUGGAAUAGGUUCUGGAAGAUGAGCGCCAUCUGCAUGUCCACCGCAGUGUCGUUCAGCCAGGGUCUGGGACCAUUGGCACUUGCGCCCAUGUUUCCACAACUGAUGAAGUCGUUUGAUGCCGAUCUGGCUGCCGUGAUCAAAUUCACUGGCGUUUGCAUUCUCGUUCUUGGUUUCAGUAAUUUCUUCUGGGUUCCCGUCCAGGCAGCCUUCGGUCGACGCCCGGUCCUGAUCUUUUCCGUCCUCAUCUGUCUGGUCAGCAACAUCUGGCGAGCGCUUGCCACCUCAUAUGGAAGUUACAUGGGAGCAUGUAUCCUGAACGGUUUCGGAGCUGGACCUGCCGAGACAGCCCAACCCGAGAUCAUUGCCGACGUCUUAUUCCUCCACGAGCGAGGAGCAUACAACACCCUAUAUUUCACCGCCUAUUUUGGUUCUCUGAUGGUCGGUCCCGUCAUCUCCGGUCCCAUGGCAGAACACAUCGGAUGGCGCAGCUUCUUCUGGCUCAACACCGGCGUCCUCGGCAUCAUCCUCGUAGCCCUCAUCUUCCUGUUCCCCGAAACCAAAUGGCACCGCGCCCAUCCAUCCGAGAUACAGCAUGGUCAAGAACAGGUGAUGACUUCCUCCUCGGCCUCUGAGCCGGAGAAGCCGGUGGAGAUCACCCUGCAGCAGGAAAACGUUGCAUCUGAGAGUGGAGCAGAUCAAGACCCUUGGCUGGGGAAGGGCUAUCCCUCCAAACAGCAGUUCAUGCUCUGGCAGCCGUCAGACAACUAUCUCAAGACAUUGUGGACCUGCUUCUGGAUUCCGUGGAAACUGCUUGCAUUCCCCAUAGUCGAACUUGCUGCGUUCACCGUCUCGUGGUCCGCCAGUUGCUUCCUGACCUUAAAUCUCACCCAGAGUCAAGCCUUUGCCGCUCCUCCAUACAACUUCAACAGCCAGACCAUCGGGUUCUUCAACUUUGCCAUUAUCGUCGGGGCUGCCAUAGGCUUGGCUACCAACGGGCCUUUGUCUGACUGGAUUUCGAUGAGAGCCACAAAGAGGAACAGAGGUAUUCGAGAGCCGGAGAUGAGAUUGCCAGCCAUGAUACCCUAUGUGAUCAUCAUGAUAAUCGGCAAUUUCGUCGUGGCGUUUGGCUACGAACACAAAUGGGAUUGGAGGAUUAUUGUGAUAAUCGGCUACACUUGCGCUGGCAUUCAGGUCUCCGCUCUUCCAGCCAUUACCAGCACCUACGCUGUGGACAGCUAUAAGCCCGUUGCGGGUUUAGUCUUUGUGGCGAUCACAGUCAACAAGAACCUGUGGGGUUAUGGAUUCGCUGAGUUCAUCACCCCGUGGGUGAUCAAAAGCGGUUUCGUGAGCCCAAUCAUGAUGAACAUGUCUUUGACCACCCUCUGGUGUCUUUGCGCCAUUCCGGUCUAUUUCUACGGAAAGCGUUUCCGGAAGUGGACUGCCAAGUCAUCAGUUCACAGUAUGUAG